GCUGAAGUUCUCGGGCAGAAUUUCUUCCCACGCUCCAGAGCACGCCCAGACUUGUGUUCUUUGUUUUGGAAAGUUGGUGUGAGUGGGUGGAGAUCCCCGAGCCUCCAAGUCCCUGAGGAGCAGGAGGGGAGAUCAGAAACGUCCGCGGAUCUCAGGGUCCGGGCCGUGACGGUGCCAGCCGGGGCUGCGGAAGGGACGACUGGGUUGUGCUUUCAGGACUUACCUCCUCGGAAGACCCGUCGCCGCCAGAAGGCAGGGGAUGUGCCUCCAGAAGGCCGGAGGUUCUGAGGGAGGCGGUGGAGCAGAGGUUCUGGAGCCGGAGCAAAUAUGUAGAGUGUUUUGAGCAGAAUAAUAAUGUACUGAGCUCCACCAGUUCUUUCCUUAGUCUACUCUACUUGCCUGCUGUUCCAGCCAUGCUUCCAGAGUUCUCUCUCUGUGUCCAAAAGCAACGAAAACUGAAUAAAUCUUUAGGGUUGGUGUCAUUUGAGGAUGUGUCUGUGGACUUCACCUGGGAGGAGUGGCAGAACCUGGAUGAUGCUCAGAGGACCCUGUAUAGGGAUGUGAUGUUGGAGACCUAUUACAGCCUGGUGUCACUGGGGCACUGCAUUAUAAAACCUGAGGUGAUCUUUAAGUUGGAGCAAGGAGCAGAGCCAUGGAUGGUAGAGGAACACCCAAACCAGACCCUCUCAGAUGUCCAGAAAGUGGAUGACCAAAUAGACAGGAGCCAAGAAAGUCAAGACAGAUGUUUGUGGCAAGUUGUAAUCACCAACAGCAAUUCAUCAACUAAGGAGAGAGUUGAAGUAGAAAAACAAUUUAAAUUGAGCUCAAGACUGAUUUUAAAUAAUGGGAACUAUUUAGAAACAAGGCCUGAGGGGUUUAAUGUACAUCAAAACAGGCUUCUCUCUAGGGAGCCUGAUACAAGUAAUGUAAUCGGGAAGUCUCUCAGAUGUCCUCAGCAUCUUGGUCAGAAUCAGCAGGAGGAAUUUGAAAGUUGUGGACAAGUUAAAGCCUUGAACACACAGGUGAAUGUAUUGAAACAUGAGAGGGUUCCUAUGAGAAAUACCUGUGGAGAGAAGGACUGUGGGAAAGGCUGUGAUGGUUCAUUUUUUAUUGAUGGAGAGACAACUCAGGUGAGGAAGAAAACUUUCUACAAAAAACCUAAAAGGCAGCAAGUACACAUAGGAGAGAGACCCUCUGAAUGUAUUAAAGAUAAGGAAACCUUCACUAGCUGUUCAGACCCUAUAAUACAUCAAAGGGCAUGUAGAGGGAAAAACCUUUAUGCAUGUAAUCACUGUGAGAAAUCUUUCAACCGUAAGUCCAACCUUGUCAUCCAUCAACGAAUUCACACAGGGGAAAGGCCCUAUCAAUGUCAUGAAUGUGGGAGAACCUUUUCCCGGAACUGUCACCUGAGGGAGCAUCAUAAAACUCACACAGGAGAUAAACCCUACAAAUGUAAUGAGUGUGGGAAGACUUUCAAUCACAAGGUAGGCCUCACUGUACACCAGAGAACUCACACAGGUGAAAAACCCUAUGAGUGUAAAGAAUGUGGGAAAACCUUUUGCCAGAAGCCACACCUCUGCAAGCAUCAGAGAAUUCACACUGGAGAGAGACCCUAUGAAUGUAAAGAAUGUAGGAAAUCUUUCAGGGUCAAGUCAAAACUCACUGAACACCAGAGAAAUCACACAGGUGAAAAUCUCUAUAAAUGUGAAGAGUGUAGAAAAACUUUCAACAAUAGAUCAGCCUUCAUUGUCCAUCAGAGAACUCACACAGGAGAAAGACCCUAUGAAUGUAAUGUAUGUGGGAAAACCUUUAGCCAGAAGGGAAAUCUUGGUGAACAUCAGAGAAUUCACACAGGGGAGAAGCCCUAUGAGUGUAAAGAAUGUGGAAAAGUGUUUUCCCACAGGUCCAACUAUAGCAAGCACCAGUUAAGUCAUGUAAAGGAAACACCCCAAGAACAUAUGAGUGUGGGAAAAUCUCUUGCCAGGUCACAGCACCCUUAAUUUUGUAUGGUAGAGACUGGCCAAGUGUUCUCCAAAAUCCAUUUUCUUUCCUUCUGGAAACAGUCUGCAUUUCUCAGUGCCCCAUU